CAUCAACCUAAUGACGCCACGUGUCAGAUUUGGUAGUUGAUUCUCAACUUCACCACUCAAACUAUAAUUUGAAGUUUCCCCAAAGCCUUCACAUUCUGAAAGCAUAUACCCGUUACCUUACCCACCUUUUUUUCCCAUGUCACCAACUUUACUCAUUUAUCACGUAACUUCAUCACCAAUUUUCUAACUUUCUCUCUGUUUAUCACCGGGAUUUCCCGGUUUCCGAACGCCGGACAUGGAGUAUUACCGGCGGCGAGCACCACUAGCCUUCAUUUUUUUCAUCUAUCUCAUUAUGUCAUCUCAGUCCCUCGAAUUUAAUAGUUUUCGAAAACGCCACAAAAUCAAUGGUCCGAUCAAGACCGUUGUGGUUGUCGUGAUGGAAAACCGCUCUUUCGAUCACGUCUUCGGCUGGCUUAAGUCUACCCGGCCGGAUAUCGAUGGACUCACCGGAAAGGAGUCAAACCGGGUCAACGUAUCUGACCCCAACUCGAAGGAAGUAUUCGUUUCUGAUGACGCUAUUUUCGUUGACUCCGACCCGGGCCAUUCGUUCCAAGCGAUCCGUGAACAAAUAUUCGGAUCGAGUGAAACCUUCGCGGACGAGGCUCCUAUGAACGGGUUCGUACAGCAGGCGGAGAGUAUGGGCCCUGGGAUGGCGAAAACCGUCAUGAGUGGGUUCAAACCCUUUCGUGUGCCGGUUUUCACCGAGUUAGCCAACGAGUUCGCCGUUUUCGACCGGUGGUUCGCAUCGGUCCCGACCUCGACUCAGCCGAACCGGUUCUAUGUUCACUCAGCCACGUCACAUGGGGCCAGUAGCAACGUACGGAAAGACCUAAUCCACGGCUUUCCUCAGAAAACAAUUUUCGACUCACUUGACGAAAAUGACCUCACUUUUGGGAUAUAUUACCAAAACAUCCCCGCCACGCUGUUCUACAAGUCCCUGAGGAAAUUGAAGCACAUAUUAAAAUUCCACGACUACGCGCUUAAGUUCAAGUUGCACGCGAAGCUCGGGAAGUUGCCGAACUACGCGGUGGUGGAGCAACGUUACUUUGACGUGGACUUGUUUCCGGCGAACGAUGAUCACCCGUCGCAUGACGUGGCGGAAGGUCAGAGGUUCGUAAAGGAGGUGUAUGAAACACUGAGGAGUAGCCCCCAGUGGAACGAAAUGGCGCUGUUGAUUACGUACGAUGAGCACGGGGGGUUUUACGAUCACGUGCCCACUCCAGUUUCUCAUGUGCCUAGCCCCGAUGGAAUUGUUGGACCCGACCCGUUUUACUUCUCGUUUGACCGGUUGGGUGUUCGAGUCCCCACUAUUUUGAUCUCGCCGUGGAUUGAUAAAGGAAUUGUGAUCCAUGAGCCAGAGGGGCCAACACCAUAUUCACAAUAUGAGCAUUCUUCGAUACCUGCAACUGUAAAGAAACUUUUUAACUUGAAAUCCAACUUUUUAACUAAGAGGGAUGCUUGGGCUGGCACCUUUGAGAAGUAUUUUUACCUCCGUGAUACUCCACGUGAUGAUUGUCCAGUUGCCCUGCCAGAGGUGAAGCUGUCACUUAGACCAUGGGGACCAAAGGAAGAUACAAAACUCUCAGAGUUCCAAGUUGAACUGAUCCAGCUUGCAUCACAGUUAAAUGGUGAUUAUGUUUUGAAUACUUACCCAUAUAUUGGCGAAAGCAUGACAGUGGGAGAAGCCAACAAAUACGCACAAGAUGCUGUCAAGAGAUUCCUGGAAGCUGGAAGGGCUGCUUUAAAAGCUGGAGCCAAUGAAUCUGCCAUUGUAACAAUGAGACCUUCCCUCACUAGCCGAACUGCAGGAGGAGGUUACAGCAGCUCUAUGUAAACCUAUUGAUACCAUCUACGACCACCAUUUGUAUAUUCAUAAUAUAUAUUUCAUACUGUUGUAUAUACAUAUAUUCUAUAGUACAUGAUAUCAUGACUUAGCAUUCGCAGCUAGUUACUAUAACUAGUCGUAGCUGGAUGAAAAAUUAUUAGGUAGCUAGAAGCCUAGAAUGUCGAAUUUCAUGGCACUAUAUCUAUUUAGUUAUAUAUUUUGUAAUGGUGGUUAACUUAUGGGGGUAAUGAAUGAAAGUCAUGAAUAUUCAAAAUCUUA